AUGGACGACGUAUCUCGAACUCAAAGCUUCACUUCGACGGACCACAGCACCUCGAAGAUGGGCAAGGCCAGUAUCAAGUACCCGCCGCCCCAAGGCGACUCUGUCGAGACCUUGCAGGUGGAAGAAAGGCGGCAGCAGAUGAACGAGUAUCCUGAAGGAGGACGGGAGGCCUGGCUUGCAGUCGCCGGCGCAACGGCCUGCUUGGUCGUGUCAUUCGGAUGGGUCAACGUCAUUGGCGUCUUUCAGGAAUAUUACCAGUCGCACCAGCUGCACGAUUACACGCCGUCUGAAAUCGCUUGGAUUCCUUCACUUCAGAUUUUCUUCAUGUUCGCCGGCGGCAUCUUCGCCGGCAAGGUCUUUGACGACUUCGGCCCCCGCUACCUCCUCGUGGGCGGCACCUUCCUGCACGUGCUGGGCUUGAUGAUGACCAGUAUCUCCAAGACGUACUACCAGAUUCUGCUGAGCCAGGCAGUCUGCUCCGCGAUUGGGGCGUCGAUGGUCUUUAGCCCUGCAUUUUCAAGUGUAUCGACCUGGUUUCUGAAGAAGCGCGGCGCCGCACUCGGCAUCGUUGCCGCAGGCUCAUCCCUCGGUGGUAUCGUCUUCCCGGUCCUCAUCAUCAACCUGCUCCCCCGGGUUGGCUUCGGCUGGACCCUCCGCUGUUGUGCCUUCGUGAUUCUGGCGCUUUUGUUGUUUGCGAACUUUGCUCUCACUAGCCGCAUCAAACCUACGAAGCGUCCUCUGGAGUUUGCGGCAUUCGUCCGGCCUUUGCGAGAGCCAGCCUUCGCGCUGUGGACUAUCUCGGUCUUUUUCUUCUACUGGGGCAUGUUCGUUCCUUUCACGUUCAUCGUCGCCCAUGCCACGGCUCACGGCAUGUCGCCCCACCUAGCGCAGUAUCUUGUCUGCAUUCUGAACGCUACGAGUCUUUUCGGUCGAACCGUGCCCAACGCCAUUGCUGACAAAGUCGGGCAUUUUAAUGUAAUGAUCGUCAUGGGUGCCUUGACAUCAAUCCUGAUCCUCGCCCUUUGGCUUCCCUCAACCGGCAACGUACCCAUAAUCUUGUUUGCGUCGCUCUUUGGCAUCUCCUCGGGCGCCGGCAUCAGUCUGACGCCCGCACUCUGCGCUAAACUCUCGCCCAUUCGAGACAUUGGUGUCCGCAGUGGUACCGUCUUCACAAUCUCAGCGUUCGCAGGGCUGACUGGGUCUCCUAUUGGUGGUGCCAUCAUUUCAAGAAGCCAAGGUUCAUUCACCAAUGCCAUCGCCUUCGGGGGCACGGCUUGCGCGAUCGGGACUAUGCUGUUCGUGGCCACGCGGGUCGCCUUUGUCGGUUGGAAGCCAGAAAAGGUUUGA